AUGCGCCCGCUCACCGACACCGAGACGCAGGCGCUCUUCGCCAAGCUGGCCAACUACACGGGGCGCUCGCUGAACCACCUGAUCGCCAGCGGCAGCGAGGACCGCCACGUCUUCCGGGUGCAGAACUCGCGCGUCUACUACGUGCGCGAGUCGAUAGCGAACCUGGCCACGUCGAUCGCGCGGCCCAACCUCCUCUCGCUCGGCACCUGCCUGGGCAAGUUCACCAAGACGGGCAAGUUCCGCCUGCACGUCACGGCGCUGGACGUGGUUGCGCCCCACGCCCGCUACAAGGUCUGGGUCAAGCCCAACGGCGAGAUGCCCUACCUGUACGGCGGCAACGUGCUCAAGGCCCAUGUGGGGCGCUGGAGCGACGAUUGCCCCGAGCAUCAGGGUGUCGUCGUGUAUGCCAUGGACGACACGCCCAUGGGUUUUGGCGUCACCGCCCGCUCCACCGCCGAGGCCCGCCGCCUCGACCCCACCGGCAUCGCAACCUUCCGCCAAGCAGACAUCGGCGAGUACCUGCGCGAGGAAGACACUUUGUUCGCGACCUGA